AUGACACCAAGAAUUUUGUUUGUAUUGAUUUUAGUUUUUCACCUCUUUGCUAAAAGUGAGACUUCCAUGGUAAAGCUCAAUAAUGGGGGAUACGAAGAUAUAGUUAUUGCUAUCAAUCCUAGUGUCAAGGAAGAUCUGCAGAUCAUUGAGAAUAUUAAGGCUAUGGUGGAAGAAGCUACAGAGUUUCUAUUUGAUGCCACAGACAAAAGGUUCUACAUACGAAGUGUGAAGAUUUUGAUUCCCAAGUCCUGGUCUGCAAAUAAGAACUAUACGAGACCCAAAACGGAAACCUAUGAUGCGGCAGAUAUUAUCAUCGCUGACCCUAUCGUGCAGCAUGCAGAUGACCCUUAUACCCAACAGUAUGGAAAGUGUGGAGAUCCAGGCAAAUACAUUCACCUUACACCAGAUUUCAUAACUGAUGACUGGUUUAUCUCAGUGUAUGGGCCCCGAGGCAGAGUGUUUGUCCAUGAAUGGGCUCACCUUCGUUGGGGUGUUUUUGAUGAGUACAGCUCAGAUACACCUUACUAUAUUGCAGGAAAUCUUAAAGUGGAGGCUACAAGGUGCUCUGUUGAUAUUUUUGGUGAGAACAAAAUUCAGAAAUGUCAAGCAUGUCAGGUUACUUCGUGUGAUUUUGACCCCAACACCGGACUCUUUGAAGCAGGUUGUCUUUUUGUGCCUGACCAGUUUCAGUUUGUCACAGAAUCAUUAAUGUACAUGCAGGCUCUUCCCGAUAUCACUAAGUUCUGUGAUGGAAGUAACCACAACACUGAAGCUCCAAACAUGCAAAAUAAAAUGUGCAAUUACCGUAGCACAUGGGAUGUGAUCAUGAGCUCCAAUGAUAUGAAGUCCACAAAUACAAAUCCUGGCCUCAGUAUUCCUGUCCCUACAGUCACACUUUUGCAUUAUUAUUCACAGAGAGUGGCGACAUUAGUGCUGGACGUCUCUGGAAGCAUGGGUGCCGAAAAUCGGAUUGGACGUUUGUACCAGGCUGCAGAAGUUUUCCUUAUGCAAAUUUUCGAGACUGAUUCUUAUGUUGGAAUGGUGACAUUUUCAAGUUCUUCCACUGUAAUAUCACAGUUAGCCCAAAUAAAAAGUACUGCAGAUCGUGAGCGGCUAAAAAAACUUCUGCCAAAAGUAGCAAGUGGAGGGACGCAUAUAUGUUCUGGACUUCUGACUGGCAUUCAGGUAAAUAAAGCGCUGUAUGGCCCAUCUGAUGGAACUGAAGUCAUAUUACUAUCAGAUGGAGAAGAUAAUUAUGAUACCAACGCUUGCGUCCAACAAAUUUUAGCGAGCGGUGCCAUAAUUCAUGUAAUAUUCGUCGGACCUAAUGAAGAACCAAAACUUCAAGACAUUGCAAAAACUACAGGUGGAAAAACGUUCUUAUGCUCCGAUAAAGUGGAUGCAAAUGGUUUAAUUGAUGCCUUCAGUUCAAUCACAGCAAGUGAUGGAGAUAUUAUUAAACGGUCUAUACAGCUGGAAAGCACUGCCUCAAGUCUUUCACCGGCUCAAUGUUUGAAUGGCACUGUUUUCAUUGAUAGCACAGUGGGCAAUGACACUUUCUUUCUGGUAACUUGGCAAACUGCGGUACCGAAUAUUAAUUUGGAAGAUCCAAAAGGGAUUAAAUAUACUGCAUCACAAUUCGCCAGUGACACCACUUCUAAAUCAUCAAGGCUUGCCAUCCCAGGAACAGCAGAGAGAGGACCCUGGAAUUAUAGUAUCUGCAAUUCACGUAAUUCCGUUGAGGUUUUAGGUUUAGUUGUAAAUUCUAAAGCUUCAGAUGCAAACGUUCCUCCAAUCGUUGUAAAUGCUCAUAUGAACCAAGACACAAACCAGUAUCCCAACCCUAUGGUUAUCUAUGCAUCAGUAAGUCAAGGACUGAUGCCUGUGACUGGAGCAAAGGUUACUGCAAUGAUUGAACCUGUCAGUGGAGCAAUAGUGACCCUAGAACUUCUGGACAACGGAGCAGGUCCUGAUAUUAUAAAAAAUGAUGGAAUAUAUUCAAAAUAUUUCACGCAAUUCUCAGCAAAUGGAAGAUAUGGUUUAAAAGUACGAGUUGAAAACAAUGCUAAGGGCAAAAGUCGAUUGGUCCUCCCCAAGAACCGCGCUCUCUAUGUUCCAGGAUAUAUAAUAAAUGGCACUGUUGUCAUGAACCCUCCACGCCCUGAAAUUGCAGAUGAAGAUCUUAAUGUUGGAGAAUUCAGCAGAACAGCUUCAGGAGGAUCUUUUGUGGUAUCUAAUGUGCCCUCAGGUGGUCCUCCUCCUCAGCAAGAUCUCUAUAAACCUGAUAGAAUAAGUGAUUUAGAGGCAAAAAUUGAUAAUGAUACGAUUGUGUUAUCUUGGACUGCCACUGGUGAUGAUCUGGACCAGGGGAAUGCUUCAAGCUAUGAACUAAGAAUGAGCACCAACCCCAGUGACCUCAGAACCAAUUUUACUGGAUCAGCACCUGUCAACAUUGCCGCUCUUACUCCCUUACCUGCCGGAUCCAGAGAAACAUUCUCAUUUGUGCCUCAAAAUGUUGUUAUAAAAAAUGGCACUGUCCUUUUCUUUGCUUUAGUUGCUGUUGAUAAAGUUGCUCAAUGGUCAGAUGUAUCAAACAUAGCCCAGGCCGCUCUCCUCAUCCCCCCAACACCAGCUCCUACAACUGAAUCCACUACACCAUUGACAAAACCUGCUGAUCCCCCCUCUAAUGACAGCUCUGAUGGACUGAACGUAACAGAAAUUACACUGAUAGUGUGUGCAGCUGUUAUUGCCAUCUGUAUCAUUAUAAGUAUUACUGUCUGCAUUGUCAGCUGUCAAAGAAGGAAACGUAAUCCAGAAGUGAGAGUAUGA